CCUCCCUCUUUCCCUCUAUUUCGCCCUGGUCUUCCCCACCAAUGACCCUUAACCCGAAUCAGAGCUCCGAAUUAUCCACUUCAUCAUUCUCUCGGACUAAUGAGGCUCGUCCUCGCCCACAGAUCCAACUGGAGGAUGAGUACGAGAUCCUUCACGUCAUCCAGGAGGGCUGGCGAGGCCGUCUCCUUCUGGUGGAGCACAGACGGACCCGCCACGAGGUCGUGCUCAAGGCCGUGCACAAGGACUCCACAGCCCGCCUCGACUUCUUCCGCGAGUUCCACUACAACUACUACCUCAGCCCGCACAAGAACAUCCUGAACGCCUACGACGUCGCUUUCGAAGCCGACGACUACUACGUCUUCGCCCAGGAGCUCGCAACGUUCGGCGACCUCACCACCAACAUGACUGACGUCGGCCUCGGAGAGAUCAACACGAAGAAGGUCGCCCUGCAGCUUGCUUCGGCACUCGAGUUCAUGCACUCCAAGGACUUGGUUCACCGAGACAUCAACAUGGACAACAUACUCGUCUUCAACAGCGACUUCAGCUGGGUGAAGCUGUGUGACUUCGGGUCGACGCGGAAGACGGGCACUCUGCUCAAGAAGAGGACGGUGUGGCUGCCCUACGCGCCGCCCGAGAUCGUCGACGCCGUGCAGAACGAGGGCUUCCACGCGGACACCUCGCAGGACGUGUGGCAGCUCGGCAUCUUGGUGUACGUGCUCCUGACGGGGCAGCUGCCGUGGCAGAAGGCCGACCUCACAGACCCUAACUACGCUGAGUACAUCAACUGGCGGAAGCGGCGGACACUGCGGACGCCCAAGAGGUUCACCAACUUCACGUCGCGGCUUUUGCGGAUGUUCAAGCGGAUGCUGGAGCCCAAGCCGGAGAAGCGGUGCUCCGUGCGCGAGAUCUACAAGUACGCCGACGACAAGUGGCUGGUGCGGACGCCGCGCCGGGACGCCGCCGGCGACGUCGACGGCCAGAGCGUGUGCUACUCGACCUUUUCCAUGCACUCGUGCCCUAAGGAGAAGGACCGCGUGCUGCGGACGCUCAAGGCGCACGGCAUCGAGACCACGGUGGACCGGAUCGCCAAGCGCCAGCGCAUCCACGAAUGGCUCGAGCGGUCGCUCUCGACGAGGAACCUCGGCGCGGACGACGACGAGGCUCUUAAGGAGGAAGAGCAGGAGGGCGCGCCGAAGGAGGGGCCGCCCCGCGCCCUCGCCGACUCAGCCGGUCCUCCGUCUUUGCCAGGCGUCCGCUCGAAGCCGCGGGAAGUGCGCGUGCAGUACGAGCAGCUGGCGGCGUUGACCCUCAAGAUGGCACAGGCGAAGGCGGCCGCAGCCGAGUCUCAACGCGAGGAGGAGGCGCAGCCGGCGGCCGUCCAGGACGUCCGUUUAAGGAACGGCUUCACGGAUGCUUCGCAGCAGCAGCACCAGAACCACCAUCCGACGCAGCAGCACCACCACGGCCAACAACGUCAGCUUCCACACCUCAGCCAGCAGCAGUACCACCAGCAGGCGGGCCACAGCCACCACGACCACCACGGCAGGAGGGACGAGUUAACUGGAGGCGGAGGUGGAUCUGUCGGCCAUCCCGCCAGCGUCAGCGCCUCCGCCAGGACUACUGCCCCCCCUCCCGAGGCUCCCCAGCGCCACAGAGGCCACAGCGACAGCCCUCGGAUGGUGACGAGGAGGUCCAUCCGGGCCCCAGCGGCGCCCACGAGCCCUCUCCUCAGCAGACACAACCAGCAGAGUCCUUCCCGAGGGCCCCUGCCGGCAGCGCCCGCGUCCACCUCUGUGGGGGCGUCGGUGGGCGGCGUGGUGGUCCCGCCGCCCCACCCCGGCACCGUGCAGGAGGCUGCCAGCAUCAUCACCCCAGCCGUCGCAUCAGUCACGGCAGGAAGACAAGCUGCAGGAGGCGCCGACGCCAUGCGCUACGACAGCCCGAGCCCCCCUCCGGCCCGGCGAGGGAGUGGCUACCACCGGCGCCGCCACGGGUCGUCCCACCACAAUGACUCGGGCUACGACCUUCAGCGCAGCAAGACGGACUCGUACAUAACCACAGGCUCCACUCCGGGCGGCGUCUCGCGGCAGAUGAGCCACGAGAGUGAAUCCUCCGACGCCAGCAUGACGAGCAUGCAGCCGGGCGCCCUGCGCUGAGAGGGCUUCGAAGUGAAAAAGGCCCGAGGGCGCGGCGUCCGGAGCGAAUGCGUGAAUCAAAAGCAGGAAACGGGACACUGGCAAAACAGAACCAAAUAAAGACGUGGCAACGGCGUAAAAAAUCAAAGGUAAAACUCAAACGAAACGUCCGAAACACACUCUCAGUUUGCUCAAAGUGCGAUAUCAUAAAGGUCAAUCUCGUAAAAUCCAAAGGUUGCCUCGUUCUUACGACUCAUGCAGUUCGGCCAUGAAAGACAAUAACCUUAUACACUAAAAAUGAAUGCAGAUAUUAUUAUAUGCAUUAAGUGUUAGUGAACUGUCUUUAACGGGCAAAUAUGUAAUCACAAUAGAGUAACUUUAGCUUGAAGUCUUAGGCUAAACUACAUUAUAUUGUCGAGAGAAAGAAACCCUUUGUUAGAUAUAUAAAUAGUUACAAACCGCAUGUGUCUAUCUAUAUAGGCUUGGCUGAUAUCCAUGUAUGUUUAUCCGAGUCGGAGCAUAGUCAAUUCAGUGCAUGAAAAAAGCUCGCAGGAAAAUCCACAAGCGCGAAUUACAACAUAGAUACUUUGCUCAGUGUAGAAAUCUGUGUGCUCAGUGUCGUUGCUAGACUGUUCAUUAUGCUAGUCCAUUUCAUUCUAUGAUCUCUGGUACUGCGUUAGUCUCAUUGUGGAGCCAUGGUUGAGCCUGUGUUGUUCUGCGUCAUCUACGUUUCUUCUUUUUCUCUCUCCCUCUUUCUCACUUUGCCCUCCCUUCACAUUUUCUAUGGCUUUUACUUCGUUUUCUUUUCCUUCUCCUUCUUCGUCAUCCUUUCACUCCCCUCUGCCUCUUUCUCUCCCUUAUUCUCCUAUGAUUUUCUGUCUGGUAGAACCUGCUUUUUGACAGAGUAUUUAAUCUUGAGUGGAUGCAAGUCGUCCUGCCAGGUUCCAAAAAUAUUUCCUUUUCCUUGUCCGCAUUUAAUAGUGUUUAUGUUUAUGCAGUCUGUUGGGACUGGAAUCCAUAGUGCUUCCUAUUUUAUAAGACGUGUAUAAUGUAGAAGUGUAUAGUUAUACAUUCAUUUCCGUUUCAACAUUUUUCAUGAGGAAAACAAGGGUUUGUAAAUUUGAAUAAAGGAAAAGACGAUGAAAAUAGAAAAAAAUGUAAAUUCAAAUUAUAAGGUUGAUAUUUUUUUCUACGCAAGUUUUUGCAGCUGUUAGUAUUAAAAAAACAUUUUGCAAGAGUAAAAGUUUUGUAAUUCUGUUAUGCCUUUCCUUUUGUAAAGGUAUUUGAUGCUAGGCCAUGCUGUGAAGACAAUAAUAGAGAGAGAGAGAGGAGGAGAGAGAGAGAGAGAGAGAGAGAGAGAGAGAGAGAGAGAGAGAAGAGAGAGAGAGAGAGAGAGAGAGA